GAGCCAGAAGUUCAAGAUUGAGACCGUGGAGCACGCCGGCACUCAUAUGGACGCUCCGUCUCACUUCUAUGAGCAGGGGUGGACGAUAGCCGACAUUCCGGUGGAGCGCCUCAUCGCUAACGCGGCUGUGAUCGACAUCAGCGAGAGGAGCGCCGCCAACCCGGACGCCAUGGUCACCCCGGAGGACCUGAACGCCUGGAGGGACGCCCACGGCCAGUUCAAGUACCCCACCAUCGUGCUGAUAAGGACGGGCUACGCGGCCUACUGGCCCGACCGCAACCGCUACUUCGGCCUGAGCGACGCCGAGCCCGGCGUCUACCACUUCCCCGGUUUUGGCGAGGCGGCGGGUCAGGACCUGGCCGAGGACCCGGCCGUGGUCGGAGUUGGUAUCGACACCGCCUCGCUGGACCAGGGCGUCAGUCGCACGCUGCCCGUGCACGCGGUGCUCUCCAGAGCGAACCGGUUCGGUAUGGAGAACGUCGGCGACUUGAGCCAAGUGCCGGCCUCCGGAGCCAGAAUCUACGCUCUGCCGAUGAAGACCGGUGGCGGCAGUGGCGGUCCGUGCCGAGUGGUGAUCGAGCUCGAGCCGUCCACCUGCCGUGGCAAGGGCCGCGGUCAGAAGGGCAGGGGCCGCGGUCAGAAGGGUAGGGGCCGCGGUCAGGGGGGCCGACGCGGUCAGGGUCGGGACCAGGGGCAGGAGGGUCGCCAGCGUCAGGGUCAGGAUCAGGGGCAGGAGGGUCGCCGGCAGAGACAGGGCCGUCGCCAGGGUCUGCGGCGGCAGCAGGAGCAGCACGCUCACGAGGAGCUCCCGUUGCCCGGCUUUGAGUAGGCCCUAUGAGGAGUUCUGCCCUGACGCGAAGCCUCGUCGUCCUCCCGAGCUGACUUUGCGACUGUUUGUAACGACUCCGAGACCGGUGGUGACGGCUUAGACAUCGGUGGUGACGGCUUACACACCAGUGGUGACGGCUUAGAAAACGGUGGUGGCAGACGCUAUGCGGCCGGACAGUUUCAUCUAUCAGACAUAGUUGCGGUGACUAAUAUCAAUAGCGUCCAGGGAACUUGGCAAAUAAACUGGAUUUGAUUGCGGAUACUGACAUCGAUACUUAUGUGUAGAUUACUUGACGCAUGCGUGGUGAUUUGAAGCAUGUUCAUUGUUCACGGCUAUGGGGCUGGUGCAACGACUGUUUUCACAAUAUGAUUCGUUGAUUUACGCUACAAAAGUACAACAGAGGUCAUUCCGCAUGUGUUGCAACCACCAUGAUGUGUGCCAAUAAAGUGUUAACCCUCGCAUGU